GUCCUGUCGCCAUGGUGACUGUUGCCAUGGCAUCAAGCCCUAGUGGGGGCAUUGGGGGGCGUUGCCGUGGCAGCGCUGGGGUGUGGCUGUCACUAUGGCCUCAGGGCCGGGGUGUUGCCGUGGCAGCGCUGGGGUGUGGCUGUCACUAUGGCAUCAGGGCCGGGGUGUUGCCGUGGCAGCGCUGGGGUGUGGCUGUCCCUGUGGCAGCAGUGGCUACAUGGUGUCUCUGUUACCAUGGCAUCAGGUGACAGGUACCGUGGUACCCGUUGCCGUUGCAUCGGGUGACGCCAGGGCCUGGGCCAGUGCAGCCAAGCUGGUGCCCCCUCUCCUGCUCCUCGUACAUGCGCCUCGAAUUCCCAAGCUGAGGCCGAGGCCCAGGCCUUAACCCCUGCUGUGCUUGGCCUCUCCCCUCGCCGAGGCCGAUGUAACGUCUCUCGGUUUGUGUUCCCCACAGCCCAGCGGAUCUCCCCCAGAUCUUGUCCUGCCUGAGCCCCUCGGCCUGGGGCUGAAGGAUGAACUCUAAGUAUGUGCUGCUGGGGGGCCUGUACUUUGUCCAAGGGAUGCCAUAUGGGCUACAGUCCGGCCUGCUGCCCAUCUAUCUCCGCAGCGUGGGCCUCUCCUUCACCAAGAUCAGCUUCACCAAAAUGCUCUACCUGCCCUGGGUCCUCAAGAUGCUGUGGGCUCCUUUAGUGGAUCAGUACCACACCAAGCAGACCUGGCUGGUGUUCAGCAUGUCUGGACUAGUGCUGGCCUGCCUAGCAUGUGCCACUAUGUCGCCAGAGACCAACUUCCUGCCCGUCGCUGUCCUGCUGCUGCUCAUGAACUUCUUUGCUUCUGUCCAGGACAUCGCGGUGGACGGAGUAGCCGUUCGGCUCCUGGGGCAGGAGGAGAUCGGGUACGGCAACACCAUCCAAGUGGUGGCUUACAAACUGGGUUCCGUGCUGGCGGGAGGAGGCCUCCUGACCUUGAUGCACCUGUUGGGCUGGGGGGUUCUCUUCUUGCUUCUGGCCACCAUUUAUCUUCUGGCCAUACUGUACGUGUGGAACGCUCCGGAACUGCAGCUCACGCUGGGACGGUCUUCCCAGGAUGGCCAGCCCCGGGCAAGAACCUUUAACCCUUGGAGAAUUCUCCAGGAGCUCUUCCAUGUGCCGGGCACCCUUUGGACCGCUGGCUUUGUCCUCCUCUACAAGCUUGGUGAGCAGGGUGCCACCACCAUGUUCCCACUCUUCCUGCUGGACCAUGGAUUCUCCACCCAGCAACUUGGCUUCUGGAACGGGGUGGUAGCCAUGGUCUUCUCCAUCACAGGUUCCUCGCUGGGUGGCCAGCUGAUGUCCAAGCAGAGGCGGCCGCUGUCUCUGCUGAAGGCUCUGUUACUGCUCCGCUUCUGUAGCCUGAACUUGCAGACCUUUUUGGUCUUCAUCUACGAUGAUGGAGUGUCUCUCUUCAAAGGGGCUGCGAUCCUGAGUAUCUGUGUCCAGCACUUCAUUGGAGGGCUGAUCACCACCCUGGCUUUCAGCACCAUGAUGCAGUGCACGCAGAGGGCGGAUGGCAGCAUACAGGCCACUCAUUACAGUUUCCUGGCCACCCUGGAAGUGCUGGGCAAACUGGCAUUCAGCACCUUUGUCGGGAGCAUCGUGGACUGGCUGGGCUUUGUAUCCAGUUUCUGCUGCUUCCUCUUCCUCUCCUUCACCUCUGUGCUCUACGUCCUGAAUGUGCCUCCUGGCGGGAGCUGAAGGAGACAUGCCUGGCCUCUCCAGGGAUUCACUGUGGAUGGGCCGUGGGCCAGGCUUAAGGGAUGGACGGCUGAGAAUCUCCCUGGCUGGACUUGCAGAGGCCUCGAGCAGGCGUAUUAAUUUGCACUCCUGGUGGACAUUGGAGGAGCCCAAAAAUGCCUGUGAAAAUGAAACAUCACAGGGCCAAAUCCUAAGACGCUGAGCGCCUUCUGCUGGAGCCCUCAGGAAUUGCAGGGGCUCAGCAUUUCCCUGUGGGUGUCUCCGCAGCUGUAACCAAUGUCUAAGUAAGAUCUUCUCCUCUCCCACCCCCGGUAUGGCCUACACUCCUAGCUUUCACCAGAGCUGCCUUAGGGAGCCAGGUCGCGUCUGCGCCGAGCCAGGGGUCCUGCGCUCACACUCCAGCCUCUCGGAUCUGAAAUUAAAAGGUUUGUUUAC